CUCUCUGGGUUUUACAUUGCGUGGUAGCCGUGGUAGUGGUAUUUAAUAAUGGUUACUUGUUUGCUCUCUAGAUGUCCUUCUCAUAGGCUUUAUGUACCUGAUACAUAUUGCUCUGAUUCAUAUUUUUGUCUUUGUUCAUUUUAGUCCAUUAUUAUAUUGAGAUCCAGUUCCAGUUUUCAAUACUGCAUUCGCUAUUUAGCAACAGCAAUCAGGACCCCCCACACAGCACACAUUAAAAUCAUUUAAAUUUUAACUUAAACAUACCAGCUGCUGAAAAUUUCGUGCAAAUUACACGCGGCGUAAGACAAACGGUAAUCAUCUGUGUAUUCUAGUAACCAUUGCCACUGUGCGAGCAUCGCGGGAAUUCUGUCGGAAAACUACUCGUCGCAAGUUUUUAUUUGAGCCCUUGAGGGUGGUUCACCAUGGAUCUAGACGAUCUAGCAGUUGUGGACUUAAGUAGUGAUGGAAAUGUAAAUAAUUCUGACAGUGAGGUAGUGGUUUUGAGUGAUGAUGACGACGAGGAUGAAACAUGUGCAAGAAUAUGCGACUCUUCGGUGACACCACCAGAAAAUAUCAGUGUUCAUGUGAGUCCAAUGGAGGUUCUCAUUCAGCUAGCCCGCGAUCAGUUGGAGAGCACUCCCGUCACCUUCACUUUCUUCCAUGCCACCCCGAAGACUGCAGCUACGACGCGCAUUAAUAUCGGGGUUUCAUCAAUGCACAGUGCCACUAAUAUCAGCGUGAAGCUUAACAAACCAACAAUUGAUCUGACUAAAGGAGUUCACUCAAAUCAGUGCGUCGCCACGUUUACACUAAAGUCAAGCAGUCCUAUGAGGAACAUUGGAGUCCACAUAAAAAUUGCUCAGGUGGCAGAUAUCACUAACUCUGGUCACCGAUCGGUGAAGACUUUCCAGAUAGCAACUAAUGAUGUUGACCCUCAGUGCGCUUGUUUUGAGGAAUCUGAGUUAUCUGAGGCGGUUGAAAGCAAUCCUAGCCUUUUGGACUCGCACGGAGAAAGCAUUGAUAUGAUUGUGUUGUUCUUCUUUGCCAAGGAUGGACAGAAAGUUGCCAUUGCAAGCAACAAAAAGAAACCAUUCCAAGAUUUGAUCAAUGCCUACAAGAAACAGUUUUUACUGUAUGGUGAUGAGAAAUCCAACUUCAAGUUUACAAACAUAAAAACUAAGCAAACCUGUUGUGCUGACCAAACACCAGAAUCGAUUGGCCUCUCCCACCAGGAUAAAGUGUUUGUCAGCAAAUGUAUGUGCAAAAAGUGAGACAGCCUCUUUUGAGUGGUAUCUGCUGAAUAAAUACCUAUAUCAUCAAAUUA